CCCACGCUCGACUUUUCUGGCUCGACUUGGAUUUGGACCAGCGAGAAGACCGGUGCAGAAGAUACCGCACCUACGGGAGCACGUCCAUUCUGUAAGGCCAUCCUCUCCUCCAGCACAACAUGUCCGGUCUGCGCACUAUCAUCAUCUCUUCGCGAAUGGAUAAGCGAUACUAACGCUCUCGUAGCGAUGACUUGUACUCCAUCGUUGUCAACGGAAAUGAAAUUGGAGCAGGAAAUGGUUACAAAAGCUCAGCCGUCUAUACCGCUGGCCUUGAACCCGAAGGGCACAACAUCUUUGCUAUUUCCGUGAACAACACGGGAGGAUCUGCCGACCUCAUUGCCACUAUCCUUGUGGACUACCGCGAUGGUACCACUCAGACUAUCGUCACUGACACCACCUGGAAGACGAUCAAAGCUACCCCCCCCCCGGUGGUUGGACUAGUCCGAGCUUCGACAAUUCAGCUUGGAUUGCCGCAGUGUCUGAGGGACCUACGGAGAGCACGCCUUGGGGGAGGCCUCCACUUCCCCCUGCCAUGAAUAUGGCUGGAGUCAAGUGGAUCCAUACGAAUGAGACAUCCGCCGCUGGGGUAGACCCUCUAGAUCACAGACCAUUCCGCAAGAAUGGAAAAGCUGCUGCUUGUGGAAAAAUAAUCAUCACCGCGUACAUUUCCCUUCCCUACAUCAUCGUCCUGAUCCAUCUCACCGGACUUGCAGCGACGACGAGUACACGUUGUACUUCAACGGGAACAAAAUUGGAAACGGUAGCAACUGGCUAGCCAUGCAAGGC